CUUGCACACGCCGAUUAGCCUCACGAUGUGUGGGUGCUCAAUUCUGCUCAGCACUAGAACCUGGGGAGUUCCAAAUACGAUUGGCAUUUCAUCCAUUUAUGAUAAUGCAUUUCAGGAGAUGUUUCUCCAAGUACUGAGCUUCCUGCAGAUCAUACGGGAAUGGAGCAAAAGUUGAUGUUAUUUACACAAGAGCACAAACUGCAUCUUUUGAAAGUUAUACGUGUUCUUCUGACCACAUAUAAUUCAUCGGCAUUGCCUUUGAGGUUCACAAGACCAGCAAGAAUGUCAUCGUGUGUAAGAUGGAGAUCUUGGUAUUUCUGUGAAAUUUCCACUACUUCCAAGAAGCUGGUGUACAUGCCUGCCGUGGAUGAUUGUCUUUUGAUGCUUAGCAAUGAAGCUGUCCAAUUAGAUGGUGAUCAUCACAGGUCAUCCCAUCUGCCUAGCUGGCAGUGCCCAUCAAAGGGUUGCUUUCAAGAUGCGGAAAAAUUGUUCAGGAUAUGUAAUUCUGAUAUGAUUGGACAUUUGCAGUAGAGUUCUUUCUAUGGAGAUGGCUCUCACAUAGUUCUUGCUCUCAAGCUGUCAAUAUAGUAAUGUACACCAUGACAUCUCCUGAUUUUUGUAAGCAUGUACUGACCAGAAUAUACCAGCAUUAUACCUUGAGCUACUAUACAUGAAGAUUGAGGGUGCAGCUUGUAUCCAUUGAAAUC